AUGAAUAUUUUCUCCAAGUACGUCUGGCCCAUUCAUGUUAAAAGCAAGAGUGGGCCAGAUGUAACUUCAGCAAUGCAGUCUAUACUGGUGCAAGGUCGUGUAUCAAAAAACUUACACAUUGACGAAUGCAAAAAGUUUUAUAAUUCACCUUUAAAAAAUCUCAUGCAACGAUAUGGCAUCAAUCUCUACUCAACGCAUAGUAAUCUGAGCACAUCGAUCUGUGAAAGAUUUAAUCGCACAAUUAGGAAUAAGAUGUGGCCACAAUUUAGCUUUAAAGGUAACUGCAAAUGGAUAAACAUUUUACCUACUUUCAUCUCCAAGUACAACAAUACCAAAAGUCGAUCAAUCGAUGUGAAGCUUAAAGAUAUUACUGCCAAAGAUGAAGAGGAGCUGAUGCAACGCUUCAAAAAACUAAUAGAUAUACCCAGGAAAAGGUCAAAGUUCAAAGUUGGUGACCGAGUUCAAGUAAGAAAGUGGAAGCACGUUUUUGAAAAUGGAUAUACACCCAAUUUGACGACAGAGAUAUUUACUGUGGAUCGAGUUAUGUCGACGAAUCCAGUGACUUACAAGCUCAAGGACUACCAAAAUCAACCUAUCGCUGGUAGAUUCUAUGAACAAGGACUUCUCAAGGUUAAGCAUAUAAAUGUAUACCUUGUGGAAAAAGUAAUCAAGAAGCGUGUCAACAAAAUGUUUGUAAAGUGA